AUGUACAAGGCAAUACAAGACCUGGCUAGGGAGGAGGUGACUUGCAUGAGCCUGAAGCAGCUCUACGUCAACGGGAAGAACCCGGAGCCCGCACAUCGCCUGGCCAACGCGCAGUUCCUGCACAGAGAGCUGCCGGUGCGGCUUAGCCAGAGGGCGGUGGAGCUCAUGAACCUGCCGCAUGGCCUGUCUGACGUGCCCGGCGUGCAGCAGGUCUACAACUGCUACGCUCGCUAUGCGUGGGAGCUGUUCUGCGCGCCCCUUCCGACCACGCCGCAAGAAGAGUAUAACUACUCGUGUCUGCUGUCUAGCCUUCUGCUGGACGGCCAGAGCAUUCCAAGGGCCUUGUCGAUAGGGCUGCAGGACUUCCACAAGCAAGACGGGGGAGGCUUGGGCGGCGGUGGCGGCGGAAGGGGGUCACGCUCAUCGGAUGCAGAUGUCGACCCUGCCGUGCGGCUGGACAUCCAGGAGGCCAUCUCGCGCUUCUAUACCGGCCGGAUAGGCGUCAGGUUUUUGAUAGAGCACCACGUGUCUACCCUUCCCCCGUCGCGCUGCCGGCAGGGAUGGUCGGGCAUAAUCCAGUCCGCGGUGUCCCCGUCCCUGGAGGCCAAGUACACGGCGGCGGCGGUGCGGUCGCUGUGCAUGAGACAUCUCGGGGCGGCCCCCGAGGUCCGCAUCUUCGGGAAAGACGACGCCACCUUCACCUACGUGCCAAGCCAUCUUGAGGUAAUGCUGUCGGAGCAGCUCAAGAACGCCUGCCGCGCCGUCGUGCAGAAGCACCACCCGGCCUACAAAUCGAUGACCGCCCUGGCCGGCCCCAUGUCCGACUGGGGCAAGAAGGAGUGCUCGACCGUCAGGGAGCAGGCGCUCGCGGCGCAGAGUUGGUCGGACGGCGGUCCCCAGAUGCCUCCCAUCAAGGUGACGGUGGCGAUGGGCAAGGCGGAUGUGACCAUGAAGAUCGCGGACGAGGGCGGAGGGGCUUCCCGCACAGAGAUGGAGCAGCUGUGGACGUACUACUACACCACGGCCAACAAGUUUCUAGUCGGAAACGCAAAUCUCCCGGUACGCUUGACGGCCGGCCCCUUUUCGAUGAACGUGUUUUUUUUUUCACCUAGCACGAGAGUCGAGCAUCCCUUGCCGCCUCUGGCUGGAUUCGGCAUGGGUCUGCCGCUGAGCCGGGUGUACGCCCGUUAUUUCGGCGGGGACGUGCUUCUCAAGAGCAUGGAAGGCUUCGGGAUGGACAGGCACUUGGAGCGUCUGAGCGACCUAGGAGACAUCCCCACAGAGGUGUUCAUCGACCUGCUGAGGAGGGCCAAGGAAAAGGCCACCCCGGCUAUAGUCAAACGCCUACAGGACGUCAACGCGGCGCUGGAGGAAACCCCCGUCUCCGUGGGGGUGUUGAAGGUGACCCUUAUCGGCAAGACCGUGUCCCAGUUCCGAAAGGCUGCCAACCCGGAGGUAGCCAGGACGGCGGCGGAACUCGUCCGGCGGUGGAAGGAGGCGGCCGGAGUAGCAGCAACAACGGUGAACACGCCGCCGGGGGUGGGUGGGUCGACUGCCGGUAGCAGCAGCGGCGGCGGCGGGGAGGCUGUGCAGCGAAGCCUGGCGGAUGAGAAGCGGCGGGCGGUGGAGGAGGGGUUCCAGUGCCGCACGUGGGAGUCCCUCUAUCAGGAAGGAAUGCCUCAGCUCUUGAGUCAUCCGGUCGGUGCGACGAAUAUCGCCCGCCAUUGUUCCGAAGACAUGUACUUGGAGCUGCUGAGAGCGGAGAAGGUCCGCGCUUCGAGCAAACGGGCGAGGGAGGCCAGGGAGCGUGAGCUACUGAAGCGGCCAAAGCUGAUCGUGGGAAAGAGCAAAGGGUGA